AAAGUUUACUGAAAGGUUUAUUUUCUGCUUUAUGACAUCAUCCUCGUGACGACAUUGUACCUGUAGCGUGUUAAAGGACCCCACUGUUUACGUAUUUUGAGGAUAUCCAAGAAAAAGCCUGCACUGUAGCAUUGUUGCGAAACCAUUGCAGCUAAUCAAAGUAACCACGGAAUUUCAUAUAUAAAUAGAGUCGUGAAUUACAUUAAAAGCUAGUGGAGCGCAUUAAUCAUAGAUUGAAAGCACACACACAUGAGCAUUGUGCACAAGACAAUGCUGUUAUCAGACAAAUUAUUCGUAAUUUUUGAACAAUGUACUAUUUGUUACAGCAGGAGAUAGGAGAUAGGUUCCAAAUUGUGAAAUCUAUUGCGAAGAACUAAUGUUAAAAUAUAAAAUGUCUUAAAAGCAACAGACUAAUCUGUUAUAUCGUGGAAUUAAUACAUUUUAAUUUUUUAAUCUCGACGCUGUAUAGUCUCGGCUACUGACUGCGUCGUCAAGUAAAUCGCAAAUAAAUGAAGUAAAACUAAUUCCUUGAUGUCUGCUUAUUAAUUAUGAACCCAAUUUUUAGUAUUGCAGGUGGAUUUGCAGUUGCUUAACACAGUUGGAUUCGUUUCUGUAGGAGGUGAUUUGCGGUGUUGUGAACAUUCGUCGUAUUACUUGGCAAGUUAACAGCAUUGUAGUUUGGAAAGGUGAAAGUGUUUAAGAACAGUGAAUUGAAACAUGGCGACGUCGUUCCGGACACCGACGCCCCAUUCGUCUUCGCAUUACCAUUCGUACUCCAAAACUUCACGACCAAGUUCAAGUCCUACAAAGUUGCGGUUCAGAAAUCGUGAAGAAUGGGAUCGUUAUUUCGAUGCAUUACUUGCGGAUCUCCAGAACACGAUAUCCCCAGGCAGUGGGUUGACGUCACCCGGCAGUGGGUCUGGUUCAGGAUACGGGUCACUGAAUGGCACUCGGGGAAGAGAGACUUCAGGGCACGGAGGAGAUUAUGGUACAACAAGGAGCAUUACCACGGAGCGGUACGAGACCCAUCACUCGCAGGGCACUGUCUCGCCCACAUACCAGAAUCAACGAAUGAUUCAGGAAACAGUUACCACUACAAAGACAGCAUAUCCACAGAGUCCUCCAGGAAAGAUGAUCUCCUUAAACAAUAAUUUAUCUGAACUGGAUACAUUAUUGCAGGACCUGAGUAAUGCUCAUUAUGCCGGUUAUGUAGAGAAAAAAGACAUGGGCCUUGUAAAUGGUUCUCUUACUCCAGGCACAAGAGCAAGUGGCCAUGAAUCCAGAGUACGACCUUCUGUGGACAGUUUGCUGGAUGAGCUUAAUACCGCUGUUCCCAAUGGGGACUUGGGUGAUAGUCGCCACAUGACCCGAACAAUUACAAUCCAGAAAACACAGACAGAAAUGGAUUAUCCCAGUGCCCCUAGUGGAGGUGCAUCUUCGGCUACAAAGGAAUUGGAUGACUUAAUGGCCUCGCUGUCUGACUUCAAAAUCAAUGCUAGUACCCAUCAGCAUCAAACUGUGACGGACUCACCUUACGCAAAACCAAACAAGGCAACGAAGAGUUCACCAAGUCCACAGCCUUCAGCACAUCUCCAGUCUCAGCAGUUAACUGCAUCAGUGGUGCCUCCUGCAGGUGGUAGUGGAAAACAGAACCAACUGGACUCUAUGCUUGGCAAUCUUCAGGCCGACAUGAGCCGUCAAGGUGUUAACACCACACAGAAGGGCUGCUGUAACGCCUGUGAUAAGCCCAUCGUUGGGCAGGUGAUAACAGCACUGGGAAAAACUUGGCACCCAGAGCAUUUUACAUGCACUCAUUGCAACCAGGAACUGGGUACUCGCAACUUUUUUGAGCGUGAUGGCCAUCCGUAUUGUGAACCUGACUACCACAACUUGUUUUCACCUCGUUGUGCCUACUGCAAUGGGCCUAUUCUUGAUAAAUGUGUUACUGCACUUGAAAAAACUUGGCACACUGAACAUUUUUUCUGUGCCCAGUGUGGAAAACAAUUUGGGGAAGAAGGAUUCCAUGAGCGGGAUGGCAAACCAUACUGUAGGGAUGAUUAUUUUGAUAUGUUUGCACCAAAAUGUGGUGGCUGUAACAGGCCAAUUAUGGAGAAUUAUAUCUCUGCUUUGAACAGUCAGUGGCAUGCUGAUUGCUUUGUUUGCAGGGAUUGCCGUCAGCCAUUCCAUGGAGGAUCAUUUUUUGAUCAUGAAGGCUUGCCAUAUUGUGAAACACAUUACCAUGCAAAGAGAGGGUCACUAUGUGCUGGAUGCCAUAAGCCGAUCACAGGUCGCUGUAUCACAGCCAUGUUCCGCAAGUUCCAUCCUGAACAUUUUGUUUGUGCCUUCUGCCUCAAGCAGUUGAACAAGGGGACUUUCAAGGAACAGAAUGAUAAACCAUAUUGUCAUGCUUGCUUUGACAAGUUAUUUGGGUGGACCAAUUGGAAUGCAUUUUGAAACUAGGUUCCUUGCUAGGGCAGUUACACAGCUCCUGGAGGGAGGUGAUCUGAAAGGUGAAAAGACAGUGUGUUUACCCAUGGAAUCCCAGAGGCUGGGGGAAAAACAGUGUAGACUGUGAUAUAAAUAGGGCCAUUAAAUCUGCUGUCAUGACUUUGCCCUGAAGAUGGAAACUCGUAAGUUCUUGAAAGCAUUGGUACACCAGCUGAUAACAAUACAAUGUAUAAGUCCACCCAGAAAUAUAAAAGCAAGUAUUAUAUUGAGUGCUUCACAUCAUAGCUCAUGACUGAAGUCUCAGUAAUGAAAAUUAACAAUAUACUUUGACCCUGAUAAUGGAGGCAUUGUGUUCCUCCAAAACAUUAGCUUAAUUUAUACUGGGCUACAGGAUGAUAAUUCUUGAAGAUAGUUCUCUUCAUGAUUGUAUGUGAAUUGUCACUUUUCAAAUGUUUGUUAAGCCCAGCAAGGAGACAUAUAUUACAUUCCAUAGGUUUGUAGUUUGAUGCAUCAUUCAGAGUGGAUGCUGUUAUUUAAAAUACACAGCGCAGUUCAGGGUGACUUUGACAUGCCACAGUUUUUGUUCUCCUGUGGACCUUUAACACACUGAGUACUGAUCACAAGAAUUAUCAUGUUUUUUAGUUCAGUCAGUAGGGAUUCAUAAUAGAAGUGUCUGUUUUCUUACAUAUUAUUUUACUUUGUAGAAUUUUAAUCUUAUGUUCAAAUGUCUGAAAUAAUUCUGUUGAAAUGUGAUGGUAUAAUGUCUUAACAGUGGUUGAUAUACUUUCACACAGAAAAUAUUUGGCAUGUAGUGGAUUAAGAAGAAUUUAAUGAAAUGACAUGGUUUUCCUCUGUUCCUUCAUGCACAUGCUGAGAUAAUACCAAAAUUGUGCUACAACCUCUUUCUUACACAUCCUUUCCAGUUCAUUAUUUUCUAAUCACCAUAUCAUUUGUAGGAUUUGAGAUUCUCACAGCGGUGGUUGUGAAGAGUUCUAUCAUUUGGGAUAUAAUACCAUGUAAUUCAUUGAAAGUCAACCAGCAUUUUGAGGAACACAUUACCUUUAUAUUCAGAGUCAAAGAAUGUGUCAAGCAAGAAUCCAGCAUGAAGUAGGUAGCAAGCAGAGCAGAACAGAGCAGAUCUUGCUGCCUACUUCAUACUGGUUUCUUCCUUGGCUUAUUCUUUGA